UGCAGAUAAUGCUCGUGCUCGUGAGCCGGCCAACACACAAGUCUCUACAUUCGAUUUGUGUUUACUUGAACUCGAACAGUAUUUGUGCUGGAGAGGCGGGGCACGGACGCACUGGCUGAUAAUAAACCAGACACAUGUGCAUUGUGCAUUUAUACACAAAACAAUACGUAAAGCCAAUGUGAGCGUUCCUAAUACAAUUAGUGCCUUAGUGUAGUUAUAGAUUUUUUAUUAGAUCAAACAAUAGUGUGCCUUAGUAUAGAUAGAGUUCAACCAUAGACCAACAAGAUGUCAAAUAAAGAGGAUCUGAUUGUUGAGAAAUUGAGUAUUCAUGGAAGCGCAGUUAAGUUAAGACGAGAAAUCGGAUUAUUUUCGGCAGUUAAUUUGAUAAUUGGUGUAAUGAUUGGAUCUGGGAUUUUUGUAUCACCUGCUUCAGCCCUUGAAUAUUCUGGUUCAGUGGCACUUUGUCUUAUCAUAUGGACAGUAUCGGGCAUAAUUUCCUUACUAGGAGCUUUAUCCUUCGCCGAACUUGGAACUGUUCUUGGAAAAUCUGGGGGUGAAUAUGCAUAUUUCCAAGAAGCAUUUGGCAAACUACAUAAGUUUUGGGGACCACUACCAUCAUUUAUAUGUGCGUGGAUUUACACACUGAUAUUAAGACCCGCAGAAGUAGCAGUAAUAAUAAUGACUUUUGCUGAGUACGCUAUUCAACCUUUCACUACACAUUUGCAAACUGAGGACAGAGCGAUGACUAUUAAACUUACUUCGAUUGCAGCUUUGUUUGUGAUGACCUAUAUCAACAUUACGAGUGUGAAACUGUUUGUUAAAGUACAGAAUGUAUUUGGAGUUUUCAAGAUAUUUGCAUGUCUUAUUGUCAUUGGAGGCGGAGCAUAUCAAAUUAUUAAAGGUGACACGGGCUACCUGAGCCAGGGCUUCCAGGGCAGUUCCACCAGCCCCGGGUCCAUCGCGCUGGCGCUCUACUCCGGGCUGUGGGCCUACGACGGCUGGAACAGCGUCACUGUGGUUACUGAGGAGAUCAUCAACCCCUCCAGAAACGUCCCGCUAAGCAUAGCCAUAGCGGUUCCCGUCAUCACAGCCAUCUAUGUCUUCAUGAACGUGGCCUACAUGUCUGUGCUGAGCUACUCCGAGAUGACGUCAGUUCCGGCGGUGGCGGUGGCGUUCGGGGCGCGGGUGCUAGGCCCAGCCGCCUUUGUGAUACCUCUGGGGGUGGCGAUAGCGACCUUUGGAUGCGCCAUGAGCGUGCAGUUUGGGGUUACUCGGGUGUGCUACUCGGCGGCGCAGGGCGGCCACAUGCUGGAGGUGUUCUCCUACGUGCACAUGACCAAGCGGACUCCGGCGCCCGCCGUCGCCUUCCAAGCAAUGCUGACCGCCAUAUUCCUCAUCAUCGGCAACAUUCGCACCCUCAUAGAGUUCGCCUCUUGGUACCUCUGGUUCUUCUACGGUGCUUGCAUGGUGGCGCUACUAGUCCUGAGAAAGACCCACCCACACAAACACAGGCCAUACAGGGUGCCCACAAUCGUGCCCUGCUUCGUGUUGCUAGUGGCAAUAUUCCUGUCAGUGUUGCCAAUAGUUCACGAUCCGUCGGUUAAGUACCUACUCGCUGUGGGCCUGUUGGUCGCCGGGUUCGUCGUUUAUGUUGUCUUUGUUUAUCAUAAAAAGACGCCGUCUAUGCUUAUACGCCACUUCACAAUUACGACGCAAAAACUAAUGAUGAGCGUCCCUCCAGGCGCUCAGAAAGACUGAUCCUUUUUUAUAAGUACAGUUAAUUGUAAAUAUUAUAUAGUACAAAAGUUGAAAAGUAAUAAAAAUUAUCAAACG